GACAAUGAGUGGUACAUCUGUUCUGCUCUGGCAUGUCUUCUACUUUUCUCAGUCUCUUGUCCUACGUUCGCGCAACAACGUCAAUUGUCGAGAAAGCUUUUUGCGCAUAGCGCCUUAACUUUAUCAUUUAGUUGAUUACAAUAUUGCAUACAUAUAUCUACAAAAUAAUGAAUAAAUAAUGUAUUGUCAUUUGAAUUUUACCGUUAUUAAAUAUCCCGAUACAUCAACGUAAACUACAAGAAGCGCAGCCACAGCAAAUACACUGUUGUUGUUGUUGUUGUUGUGUGAGCGAUGCAAAUGUGUAAUAUGUUUUUGUUUUUGUUGCGACGCCAAAUUGCAUUUGCGGCCGAUACGCCGCUCGAUCCUUAAGAUUCACUCACUCACACACCGGACACGGCCCACAGGGUCCAAUCUACUCCUACAAAGAAAGAACUUUAACAUUUUUGAGAACCUAACAAACUGACCAAAAUUUCGUUUGUUUUUAAAAACGCAUCCGCUCCGUGCGUUUAUAAAAUAAUGCAAAUUCAAUGUAUGCCAAUAUUAAAAGUAAUUUUCGUGCUGUCAACAAUUGUCGCAGUCACAGAUUGUUGUUCUAGCCGGAUUUUACUGUUGCGCCAGCACACGCUUCAAAUUGAGGAGCGUGUGGUCCAGCUGGUUAACCAAUUGGAAUUACAACAGCAACUCGAUGACAAUGGGCAAACACCCACCGAGCCAGAUAUGCUGUUCACAGACACUGGACAAAUUAAUCAAAUGCUAUCGGAUCUUCAUUUGGAUGGCGAAUUGACAUCAAUUGCGACAACGGAGCGCGAGAGUGCGACGGAAUAUUGGUCAGCUGACGAAGAGACAACGACCACAACAACAUCCACAUCGUACACAACUUUAGCAUUAACAUCCACAACCACAAUGGCAACGGGAGAACCGCCGCCUGAUGACAGCACGCCACAAUUGGUCACAGACCUUAUUGAAGCUGCUCUCCCAACGAUGACAACAUCCACAUCCACAAUGAUAACCACCACCAGCACAAGAAAGCCCAACAGCUCGGACAAUAUGAGCUUCAUGUAUCCGUGCAAGGAUUUCUAUGCUACGGAUUUCUGUCUCCACGGUGGCCAUUGUUAUCGGUGGGGAGAAAACGAAAGCUUCAAUUAUUGUGUCUGUGCCGAUGGUUACGUUGGCGAACGAUGCGAUUCAAAGACUGAAGAUGGAGUUUAUGUGCCUUUGCAUCCCACCACGAUUGAGCCACAGCUGAAGACGGCACACGUUGUCUUCUCCUUCCCCAUGCUUAUUCUGCUAUCCACCAUUUAUGUUGUGUUUGGCGCCGUGUUCAUGUUUCGCAAUGUGUUGGCUCAGCGACGUAAGCAACAACAACUACACUUGCACAAGCAGCGCUUUUUUGUGAGCUGUUGAUAAAAUCAAAUAUCAAAAGGAGAAACGGAAAAAACAAGGGUCUGACAACUUGUUUUCUGCUCACUUAUUCACUUUGGUCAAGAGAACCAACUCAACACUAACGUUUUGUUUUUGGAAACGACUUUUUUUGUUUCAUAUUUACUAUAAAUGCUAAGUAUGCAUUUUGUUAUUUUUUCUUUUCUAAGAAUCUUUUCUUCUUAUAUUAUUUUUUUCUUUACGUUGCGCAACGCUUUAAUUUAUUUAAUUAUAAUUUCUGUAAAUUCAUUGUAUUUAGUUUGCAAAAUAAGAGCGCUCUUUGCUUUAGAAGCUUCGAUUUAAGCUUAGUAGAUUUGUUUUGUAGUAACAUUUUGUUACGCUAUUUAGUAUGUAUAUUAAAUAAUUAAACUUA